AUGGACUUGCUUAUUGGCAAAUUGUUCAGGCUGUCUUUAAACUGGACUUCUCCUUCUUCAGAUUUUCAGAGUGCUAAAAUUUCAGCUAUGUACUAUGAGUUUGAGAAAGUAGGUAAAAUGUCUUUAUUUAAAAUAUUUCACUUUUUCAUUUCGGCCGCUGACAUUCCAUACAGACGGAGGAAGACCUGGAAACUUCCAGUCCCAGUGAGCCAUGGCAACAGCUACAUUGACAAACAUGGGAAGCACCCAGGAGAUCGGGGUAAUUCUGGUGGCAUGCAUCACCACAGGAUCAACUUUGACAAAUAUCACCCAGGUUACUUUGGGAAGGUAGGUAUGAGGCAUUACCUCUUAAAGAGAAAGCAGAGCUUCUGCCCAACUGCCAGACUUGAGAAAUUGAGGACAUUGGUCAGUGAGCAGACACAAGUAAAUACUGACAAAAACAAGACUGGAGUAGCUGCCAUUAUUGAUGUAGUGCAAUCAGGCUACUAUAGUGUUCUUGAAAAAGGAAAAGUUCCAAAGCAGCAUGUCAUCAUGAAGGCAAAAUUCUACAGCAGAAGAGCUGAGGAGAAGAUUAAGGGUGUCAGAGAGGCCUGUGUCCUUGUGGCUUGA